GACGACUCCGAAGCCUACGGCAUGCCCCCGCAAUUAAAGUUGAACGCGGUCGCCUUCAUUUCCCCGCAGAAUCAUCCAAUUUUGAUUCGGACGUUCUCAUUGUCCAAGGACGAGCAGCUAAAGUACCACUACCUUGCUCACACAAGCCUGGAUGUAUUCGAAGAACGCGCGAACUCCGGCGGCAAGUCGACGGAGUGUUACCUGGGCCUCCUCUUUUCCAUGGAGAACGCUGCAGUCUAUGGUUACAUUACGCCAUUGAAAGUAAAGAUCGUACUUGCGCUGGCUCUUUCGGAUGCCGUCGUCCGCGACGCAGAUAUUACAACAAUAUUUCGUGCGCUGCACAUGGCGUACUAUCACUCGGUCGCCAACCCAUUCCUAAAGCUCAAUACCGCCCUUGACGUUGCAAAUGACCACUCUUCGCUGAUGCUGGCCGGUGGCGCAAAGUGGAAAGGUUUUCGUCGGCGAGUCGACGAGAUUGGGAGGGCUGUCGGCGCGCAGGUGUAGCAGACAGUCGGGAGCCACUGAUGCAUACCCAGUUCGGGCCUUUGAUUGCCCCCACUCGCACACCCUUCAUUGACUCAUUAGCUUCAAGACCACUGCUAUUGAGACAGAUACGGGGUGGAGAUUGAUAUGCCCUUCAUUGACUCGUCUGCUUCCAAACCGCUACUUUCGAGACAGAUACGGGGCACACAUGUACCUAACGGAUGGCAGUCUAACCUUUCCACUCCGUAUUAGAUGCCUAUCAUUGCCUCCCCGAGGCUAUUCAACUGGUCUAGUGUUUCCCAAGCCAUCACUCUCACCACUGCAUCCUCAUCCGUAGACGAUAUAUACCGCAAAGUAUUCCUAGUACGCGUCACUAGUGUGCUCGGGAAGAUAUUUGCAUCCCUGCCUAGAUCGUAGAUGCGCUCCGUAGACGCCUUCAAGAGCAAGGAAAGCAGAUGUAGGGCAGCGCGCCGGAACGGAGGGAGCUUGCUCUGUUUGCUCGUGGGAUUUGUAUCCAUGGUGUCGACCGGUUCACGUUCGUUUUCAACUUGCGGCAUAACAACCGCUUUGCCUUCUAGUUGCAGGAGAUCCACCAUUGCCGAACACAGGUCUUCCAGGUACAGGAGAAGGGCAAGGGUGCUCGUCUUUAUGCAGGUGGCUAAGAGUGAUAGUGCGGACGUUCGAAUCGCUGUUGGUAAAGAGGCAUUCCUGACAACGUUGAACAGCGGAGGGAUGAGGAUAUCGGCAUAACUCGGUAGCGCUUCGCCGCAUCUCUGUAUUACCUGGCUGAGGGCUUCACCCACUCUCGUGCGGACAUCAACAUCGUGUUGAGUAAGAUCACCGGUGGAUAGACCGUCCAAACCAUGCGUGUAUAUCUUAAACAAACCUCUAAGCACCUCUUUCCCGAAGCCAUCGACCAUUGCAGACAGACCCUGCACGCCAUUCAGGAAGAUGUACGAUUCUUCAUCGCGGAUGGCUUGCAAGAAGAUGUCCAGAACAGCAGGCACCAAAGCCUUGUCGACGGGUGGCCUACCCGAUCCCGUACUACUGUCUCGUGGCGGAGAUACGAGUUGACGCAGAAGCAGUAGACCAUGAGCGCGAACAGGAAGGAUCGGAUCUUGAAGCAACUUGAGUGCUUUCUGAUAUGUUUCUCGCGGAUCCUCUUGUGUUUCAUGCUGGUCCCUCCUACGAGGUUGCGUAUCGGCUGAUGUUGAAGCUAGGCGUGCUGUCAUCACCAAUCUAGCCUCACUUGCUAACCGGCGAGUCGUAUCAGACUCGCUGUUGACCAAGGAUUCCAAGAGAGAAAAUAUUUCAGUUAAGACGGGAGCUGUCCUUGCCGAAAGGUCUUCGUUCCCUUCGAGCAGGGACAAAAGAAGGUUGAUUGCCGUGACUGUCAUUUCUUCAUCCAUAGAUGUUUCGGAUGGACCAUCUGACUCGCCAACAUCAUCUUCAUCCUCUUGCGGUACUAUUCGCAAGUCCUCAAGUGUUAGACCAUGACUGUCGGGUUGUCUUGGCUUCCGUAUUUCCCGUUUACCGUUGACGAAAGGCGAGGCA